AUGCCAGCUGUUUCCAGCGCGGCAGGCCUCUUGGCUCUCCUUGACGAGCCCAGUGACGAUCUCAAGCAGCAUGCUCUCUCUCACUUGAACAAGGUGGUUCAUGACUACUGGUUCCAAAUAUCGGGGUCCAUCGGUAGCGUGGAAGCACUUUACGAGGACGAUGACUUCGCGCAUCGCGAGCUAGCGGCACUUGUAGCUUCAAAGGUCUUCUAUCACCUAGGUGAGCUGGAUGACGCGCUCACCUACGCACUGGGCGCGGGCUCCCUCUUUGACGUCGAGGACCAGUCCGAGUACGUCACCACGCUUGUCGCUCGCUGCUUGGACCAGUACUUUGAGAAGCGGGUCCGGCAGUCGGAGGGCCGGGGGGAGGAGAGCGAGACGGUCAUUGACUCCCGGCUGACGGCCAUCGUGGAGAGAAUGCUGGACAAAUGCCUCUCCGCCGGGCAGUACGAUCAGGCCAUCGGUGUGGCUCUGGAGGGCAGGCGGCUGGACAAGCUGGAGGAGGUGAUUCUGCGGGCUCCGGCGGGGGAGGAGCGCACUCGGGUGCUCAAGUACGCUCUGAGGGUGUGUCAGCAGCUCAUCGUCAGCCGGGAGUUCCGGCAGCAGGUGCUCCGGCUGGUUAUUCGUUUGUACGAGAGUGUUCCCUCUCCCGACUGGUUGGAUAUCUGCCAGUGCCUCAUGUUCCUGGACGAUGCCCCCGAGGUGGCGCGGAUCCUAAACAAGCUACUACAGGGGGGAGAGGAGGAGGAGUUGUUGGCCUACCAGAUUGGGUUCGAUCUGGUCGAGAACGAGCUGCAGUCCUUCCUGGGAGAGGUGGCGGCCCGGCUGGAGCAGCAGCAGCAGAUAGCGGCUCCGGAGGCGGUGGACGCGGCACCCGAGGCGGCUGCCAUGGACACGGACGCACCUGCUGGGGCUGCUGCAGCUGCUGGCGGUGGCGGCGGCCCCCUGGCGGCCCGAGUGGCUAAGCUGCGAGACAUCCUGUCCGGCAAGACACCCAUCGCCCUGUAUCUGGACUUUCUGUACAGGCACAACCACGCGGAUCUACAGGUGCUUAAGAACAUCAAGGGCGCGGUGGACGCCCGUGUGUCUGUAUGUCACUCCGCCACCAUCGCCGCCAACGCGCUCAUGCACGCGGGCUCCACCGUCGACACGUUUCUGCGGACCAACUUGGAGUGGCUGGCCAGGGCGACCAACUGGGCCAAGUUCUCGGCGACGGCGUCGCUGGGGGUCAUCCACCGGGGCCACCUGGCGCAGGGCCGCGCUCUCAUGGCGCCCUACCUGCCGCGAGGGGAUGCGGCCGCCGCCGCGGCGGCCGCUGCCGGCGGCGGCGGCGGCGGCACUUCCUACAGCGAGGGCGGUGCGUUAUACGCCCUGGGCCUCAUCUACGCCAAUCACGGUCAGGACAUCCGGCAGUUCCUGUUGGAGAGCCUGCGGGGCACUUCGAACGAGGUCACGCAGCACGGGGCCUGCCUGGGGCUGGGUCUUGCUGCUCUUGGCACUGACGACGAGGAGGCUCUGGAGGACAUCAAGAACGUGCUUUACAGCGACAGCGCGGUGGCGGGGGAGGCGGCGGGCAUCUCCCUUGGGCUGCUGUGCUGCGGCAGUGGGGGGGAGCGGGUGGCGGCGGAGGCGCUGGCGUAUGCACACGAUACACAGCAUGAGAAGAUCAUUCGAGGUGUCGCCCUAGGUUUGGCGCUGAUGCAGUACGGGCGGGAGGAGGCGGCGGAGGCGCUGAUUGAGCAAAUGACGCGCGACGCAGAUCCCAUCAUCCGCUACGGCGGAAUGUACGUCAUUGGAAUGGCGUACAGGGGCACCGACAACAACGGCGCUGUGCAGAAGCUGCUUUCCUUCGCCGUGUCGGAUGUGAGCGACGACGUGCGGCGGGCCGCCGUGCUGUGCCUGGGCUUCGUGCUCAUGAACGUGCCACACCAGUGCCCGCGGAUUGUGGCGCUGCUGGCCGAGUCCUUCAACCCGCAUGUGCGGUACGGCGCCGCCAUGGCUGUGGGUCUGGCUUGCGGGGGCACCGGCCUGAAGGAGGCGUUGGCGCUUUUGGAGCCCAUGAUGUCCGACCCCACGGACUACGUACGACAAGGCGCCCUCAUCGCCAUUGCACUGGUGCUGAUUCAGCAGCCCGAGUCCCGCGUGGCGCCCUUCCGUAAGCGACUGGACAAAUUCAUUACGGAGAAGCAUGAGGAGGUGAUGUGCAAGAUGGGCGCCAUCAUCGCAGCCGGCAUUCUGGAUGGCGGCGGCCGCAACACCACCAUCGGACUGCGCUCCAGGUCGGGCUAUUUCCGACGGACUUCGGUGGUGGGCCUUGCCGUGUUCACACAGUACUGGUACUGGUACCCGCUGUUGUACUUCCUGAGCCUGGCCUUUCAACCCAGUGUCCUCAUCGCCCUCAACUCGGACCUGAAGAUGCCCAAGGCCGCCUUCACGUGCAACUGCAAGCCCUCCAUCUUUGCCUACCCGCCGCCGCUCACAGCGGAGCUCAAGGAGACGAAGUCCAAGGUGCCAACCGCUGUCUUGUCAACCACCGCCAAGGCGGCGGAGCGGCAGCGCAAGAAGGCGGCAGAGAAGGAGAAGGCGGCAGCUGGCGCUGACAAGAUGGAGACCGACGAGGCUGGAGCCGCCGGGGGCGCCAAGAAGCCAGAGGCCGAGCCCAGCAGUUACACGCUGGAGAAUCCCGCCCGCGUGCCGCCGGGUCAGGCGCGCUUCGUGGUGCUGCCCACCAGCGGCCGCUGGCUGCCAGUUAAACGGGAAUCGCCUGUGGGCAUCCUGGUGAUGCGCGAUACGCAACCCGGAGAGCCGCAGGAGCUGGUUACGGCGCAGGGAGACGGAGCGGCUGCGGCUGCGGCCACAGCCCCGGCGGCGGCGGCUACAGCGCCGGCGGCGGCAGCGCCGGCGGCAGGAGAUAUGGACGACGAGCCGCCGCCACCGGCGCCGUUCACGUAUCAGCCUUGA